AGUGGGGAGAGGGAAGGUGCUGGCGGGAUGGGGCUGGCUGGCUACGUGGCUCACUGGUUGGGUGUGUGGCCCCGGCUGAGUAGGGAUGCGUAAUGGGUGGCACAUGGCAGGAGGGGCUGAGGAGCUGGGCUGGGGGAUCGGGGGGGGAGGAGUAGAUAAAGGGUUGCUGGCCUCUUGCUGGGGCAGGUUUCUACUUGACAUACAUACACGACUUCUCCAUCAAUCGACUACACCACUUCAAAGCACAGCUGAAAGCUACUACUACCACUUCACCAACACACCACACCCAACCCACACCCACCACAAUGCCUGGCUCCGUCUCCUCCAUCGUCAAGCCCAAGCCGAUCAAGACCUCGUGCGGCGAGAGCUGCGACUGCUGCGGCUGCGACGAGAGCUGCUGGUGCGUCGUCAUGUAAACCGCCCCACGCCCAAACCUACCACCAACAAACACAUCACAUCGACCCGAGUCCCACUUUUUCUUUCUCCGACAACGACAUCGACAUCAACAUCGGCCUUGAGAUGGAGUUUUCAUGAAGGGAUUGGGGGAUGGGGGAGAUACCGGGGUUGAGCUUGCUUGAACUUUAUAUGAAGGGGCGGCGAUGCGGAUAUCCAAGUCAGAACUGAUCAAUUGAACCGAUUUUGAUCAGUGUGUGUGCUGCGUGCUUUGGUGAUGAGUUUUGUGAUCAUCGUUUUCGUUAAGGUGUAGUUCUUUCAGGGCUUCAAAGAAAUUGAAUCGAAUCGACUUAAACUUGGUGCCUUGUUGAUGA